CCGAGGCCAGUAUAGAAUGUUGUUGAGCAACAAGCAUUCAUAAUGUUGGUGUAUCGCAAACUAUAGAAGAUUUUGUUGUGAACUAUUGGAUAUAUUACUUGGUACUGCUUCUUUUCUCGAGGCAUUUAUCAAAUAUAGAUGCUGGUUGCUUCCAAAGAAAUUUACAGGUCGACGAGCACUGUCAAGGUGCAGUUCUGAAUUAAACUCUUGAACAAAAUUAUAAAUAUGCAACACAAAUCUAAACAAGAGAAAACGACAUCUUUUGAUUCUUCAUUUUUUCCUGAAUGUUGGUCUGACGAUCGACGAAUGGGUGUUUUAUUAGCGGAAUUUCGUCCAAGACAACUAAAUAUCGCGAGUUAUGAUUCAAAAAUGAAAUUCUGGAAAGAUUUGAUUUUAUCAUCAUGCCGUGAAUCUGGGUCCAGCGUGGUAUCUGUAACUAUAUUGAAAGAACGCUUUCGUCGUAAAGGCACUGUUCCAUAUUGCUUAAAUACCGUAUUUCAUGAUAUGUUGUCAAAAAGAGAGCUGUGUAGUGACAUCCUGCUUAAAGAUCAUGGGAAAGCUGGAGUUUACGGUUUAAAUCUGUGGACAGUAGGACAGCUUAUAAAAACCCCAUUAGUAUGGAGCUAUGAAACAGUUCGAGCUAUUACAGGCUUUGUAAAUUUCAAUGAAUCUGAUAGUUAUAUCGUCAAAUCUAUUGCAGUAGAACACAUGAAAAUUAUUGAAAAUGUUGUUGCAACACACAACCUUCAAAACAAAACAAUGAAAUAUGAGGAUUUCCUAUUUAUAUUGUUCCAAUCGUCAAACAUAACUCGCAAUGGAGUCGAUCCGCCGAUUAUUUUCCUCGAAAAAGAAAAACGAUUGACGACAGAAAGUGUAAUCAUUGACGACACUAAAACUUUUCUUAUAAAAUUUGCAUCUAUUGAUGGAAUUGCUCAACCUAUUACAAGUAUUGAAAAAUCCAUAUACGAGAUUGAGCAGAGAGAGAAUCGACUGAUGGAAGAUAUUACCUCCAUCGAGCAUGAUAUAAGUCAAACAAUGGAGAAAGUUCGUCAACAUAUUCAAAACGGUCAGAAGCAAAUGGCUAAAACUUUAUUAAAAAAGAAACAUAUUCUAGAAAAAAGUAUGCAACUCAAAAUUACUGCGUUGGAUACGCUUCAAGGAAUUCUUCAAAAAAUUCAUAAUUGCCAGUCCGAUAAAAAUGUAAUCAAAGCAUAUCAAUUAGGCACCGAUGCAUUGAAAAACGUAUUGAAUACAUCAGGAAUCACAAUUGAACAAUUGGAUAAUACGGUGACUGAAAUGAAGAAUGUUUUAGAACAACAUAACGAAAUGCUUUCAAUGAUCAGUGCUGUUCCUAUUGAUGAUAUUGAUGAAUUGGAACUUGAACUGGAAUUAGGAGAUCUUAUAGAUAUGAAGCUAACUGAAAGCAAUAUUGACAAACAUAAUAUUUCAACGCCUGCACUAGUGCCUCCCGUAGAAAAUAGACCCAGCAAUGCGCAUGAUUUUGAUACAGAAAUCGAAAAACGUUUGGCAGCAUUAAGAGUCGAUAUCGAAAGCUCUAAAUUAGCUAGUAAUGCACAAUGACAGUCUAAAUGGGGUGGUCCCAUGGUACAGUCAUCAAUUCGUACAAUUCAACAAGCUGGCCUUCUUGAGUUCAAGACUAGCAACUACGAUCGAAUGCGUGCAACCAUGGUUGAAUCGCGUUUCCACUACGGUGGAAUCGUGUGCCACUACGAUCGAAUCGUGUGCCGCUAGCAUUGGAUUUCUGAAAGGUAGAGCAUAGUAAACUGUUUGUUUACGUUUGCAAACUGCUUCCUUCUUCGCCGAUGGCAAAUCUUUUGUAAAAUUCUACUAAUAGAUAAUUAGUCACUGAUUACACGUAUAAUCCUUGUCAUCAACGAAUAUCGUGGUCCCUUAUUGAUGGUAAUAUCCUAGAUUUCAACUAAUAUUCGUGGGAUGUACCUAUCAUCAGAGAGUAUUUCCCUUUUAAUAGUAUUUUACAAACAAAAUGCCGUCGGCGAAAUAGGAAAUAGCUUUCUAACGUAAACAAACAGUUUACUAUGCUCUUGCUUUCAGAAAUCCAAUGGUAUGGUAACUGUACCAGUUUUCGGCAGUGUACCUAUUUUCGGCAGAGUACCUAAAAACGUGAAAUUCUUCACAAAUCCGGUAAAAAAUUUACAAAACACAAUUUUGUAGCGAAAGUGUACUUAUUCGUUAUUCACAUACGAAGUUUCACACCAUUACAUUACGUAUUUUUCAAUAUAUCAAAUAAAUUGUGCUUUUUUUCGGCAGCUUUGCUGUCAGCCAAUCUUUCAACAAGUUAUGUGAUUAAGAGAAUCAUAACAGUAAAACAAUGAAAAAGUGGUACAUAUUAAAGAUUUUAUGCUUAUUUCAUUUAUUCUAACUUGUUCGGAACUUUAAUAUCACGAUAAACAAGUUAUUUUUCACUUUAAAUGCUGCCGAAAAUAGGUACACAGUAAAUGUUCAUUUUUGACAGCUCAAUGUUGUGGGCUCCCCAGUCAGACAAUUCGGCCUUAAUUUACCCCUAUCUUACCGCUAAAUUACCGGUAAUUUAAGAGUAAUUUAAUGGUAAAUUAGCAGUCGUUAAUUUACCCAUUCGAGCAGUUUUGGCAGAUCCUAUUCCUUUCUCUAUUUUAUUUUUAUUUUUUUCGGCCAAAUUGUUAAUAAAUAACACGAAAUGUAUUAUAUUACAGUU